UUCGGGGGACACAUGACUCCAGAGGAAUUUCCCCCGUUGCUCCCUUCCUUUGUUUAACGGAGCCUUUUUAGUGGGAUAAAGAGGGUGAGAGCCAGAGGAGAGGGGGUGAGAGAGAGAAGAGAGGGGGAGACACAGAGAUGUCGGAACCAGCCGCUAAUCCCGCUGCCACCUCCUUCCCAGCGCCAACUAUUUCUCUACCUUUGGGACUGGAAGUAUUGAGGACUUACUCUGGAGCUCUUGUCUGUUUAGAGAUAUUUUUUGGUGGUUUAGUAUGGAUCCUGGUGGCUUCCUCCAAUGUGCCCGUGCCUCUGCUGCAAGGCUGGGUAAUGUCUGUUUCUCUCACCACCUUCUCCCUCUCCUGUGCCUACCUCACUUUCCUUAUCACUGGCCUGGCUGAUCGCAUCAACACUGACUGGAACUUCUUGGAUGUGGUUUACCAUUUUGUAGCUUUGCUUUUCUACUUUGCUGCCUUUGUGCUGGAAGCAGCAACUACAGCAGCUAAUGGAGGAGCCCACAUCAAGCCGCUGCCUAACAGCACUGAAACUGUAAUAUGUAUAACCCGCCCCCGGGGCAAUAUAUUCACAGUACUGGAUGAGAAGCAAUACAGUAUUAAUGUGGCAGCCACGAUAUUUGCAUUUGUGGUAACACUAUGCUACGGCUGCAGUAUGGUGAUGGGCUUCAAGAGAUGGAGGAUGUAACCAAGAACACAAACACAAGCUAAUUUUAAAACUGCUUCAUAACUUCAACAUGUAUUAAACCAUUCGCUACAACAUCCAGAGCUCCAUAGAGAGCACUGAUAUUUACUUCAGUUCAGAUUAGUUCAGGUCAGUUUGAGCUUUAUAUUGAUAACAGGAAACUCAUGUCAACAAACUGUCAUAUUACAGUCAUAGUCAAAACAUCUGUUCAGAUUUUUGGGCAAUAAUACUCCCAUGGGACUCAGAGCCCCAAAUUACUAUUUUCCAAAUAUAAUGAAUUUCGUUAUGAGAAAUUUAAAGAAUUGGUUUCAAGUUGGGCUGUUAAAGGUAUUUUUAGCUUUCAUCAUCAUAUGGAUUUGAUUCAUUUGCUGAUAACCAACCUUUUUUUAUAGCUUUCAUUAAUUUUUCCAGCAUAACUAAAUCUGUUAGAAAUUAGAGAAAGUUGUGAUUGGACUGUCUAUAUGAUACAUUUUAUAUGAAACUAAACAGGGUAACUUUACAAGAUAUAAAUAAUGUACAUUUUAAUUUUGUUAAACAUUUUAUUAAUCAUACCAUUACCUGAGUUUCAUCCUCUUUCAAGGAAAUUUUCCCAUUCCCGUUGUCACAAAAAAAUGUGCCUAUUUAUGCGGCUUAUCGGUUAUGCACAACAGAACAUGUGAUUGCACAGUUUUCUGAAUGACCUUAAAAGGCAGUGUGAGUUUUUUAUAAAACGUUUUACUUUUUUUUGUUGCCUUGGCGCUGAGGAACUGCAAACUCACUGUACAUUAAACAUGGUUGUUAUACAUUGUUGUAACUGGCCAUUAUUUAAAAUGUGAGCUUAUUUGCAUUUAAAAGUUUCAUUACUUGUUGUGAGCACUUUUUGUCAAGCUUUUCAGUAUAUCCAACAUAACUGUUUGUCACAAUAUUGAAACUGUUUUUUAUGUUUGGUCAAUAUAACUUUUGGAGAUGAUGUGUUAUGAAGUUCUAUGUGGGCUCAAGCAAACCAGUGAGUUACUUACAAAUACAAGUUGACCAAGAUUUGGGCUGAAUGAAUCUGACAUUCUUCAUGUUAUACUUGAAAACUAAUUGUUUAAUCUGACCAUCAUAAUAAUAAAAAAAAAUAACUAUAGUCAGGUACUAUGUUAUUUCAGACUUUGAUAUUUAUCUAUUAAUAGAUCAUUUACUUAGAGAAUGUUUUUAGAGCUCAACGCUUGUGACUGUGUUGAGGUGGCAUCAAAUUUCCUAAAUCAAUAACUGUUACACGAUUUAUUAGUAGUUGUAUGUACUGUAUACUCUUAUUUGUAUAAGGCUAUUAAGUUAUAUUAUUAAUUUUAAAAUAGCUUUAAGUGAAAGUAAAGUUUGGUUUUUGACACCUG